GCGUCGGCUGGACACGAGCUGAGGACCCGGGGCUCUUCGACACACGAUCUGCAAGGAGAGGAGCUGAGGAGAGACCCCCCCCAUCUCCCUUUCGAACCCGAUUCCACGGUGAGGAACACGUGACAUGUGCCUUUGGCUUCUGGUGUGACCCCCGUGGGCCCAGGUGAGACCAGCAGUGAUUUUCCACAGAAGAAGGGGUCCACGUUCUGCCAGAAGGACAAGUGCAGGUUUCUCUGUUGGGGAAGGUCUCAGAGGAUUGCAAGAAAGAAAGUUCACACUUGUAUGAUCAUGCCGCCCCCACACCCCCGAUCGCUUCUCAGCCCCAGCAGUCCAUGCCUCUCCACAUUUCUCCUUCUAGUCCUUCUGGCAAUGACCAGCCCCUGCUGGGCCAACUCCCAUGAGCCUACCUCUGGCAAUGUGACUGUCAAUUGCUCAGGUGGGGAUGCAUGUUCUGAGGGGGUGGUUCUACCCGUGUGGAAUCCCCAGAAUCCCUCAGUGGGGGACAAGGUGGCUCGUGCAAUCGUCUACUUCGUUGCACUGAUCUACAUGUUCCUGGGCAUGUCCAUCAUCGCUGAUCGCUUCAUGUCCUCCAUCGAGGUCAUCACGUCACAAGAAAAGGAGAUCACCAUCAAGAAACCCAAUGGCGAGACCACUACAGCAACAGUGCGCAUAUGGAACGAGACGGUCUCCAAUCUGACCCUCAUGGCACUAGGGUCCUCAGCACCUGAGAUCCUGCUCUCUGUCAUCGAGGUGUGCGGCCAUAAGUUUGAUGCAGGCGAUCUGGGGCCUAGCACCAUUGUAGGCAGUGCUGCCUUCAACAUGUUUGUUAUUAUUGCCAUCUGUGUCUACGUGGUCCCUGAUGGUGAGACGCGCAAGAUCAGGCACCUGCGUGUCUUCUUUGUCACGGCAGCCUGGAGUAUCUUCGCCUAUAUAUGGCUGUACCUCAUCCUGUCAGUCUUCUCACCAGGUGUGGUGGAGGUGUGGGAGGCUGUGCUCACCUUCCUCUUCUUUCCAUUAUGUGUGGUCCAAGCCUGGAUUGCUGACCGGCGCCUGCUCUUCUACAAGUAUGUCCACAAGCGCUAUCGUGCUGACAAAAGCAGGGGCAUCAUCAUUGAGACUGAAGGGGAUGGUAUCUUCACCAAGAUGGACAUGGAGAUGGACGGGCAAGGGGCCAACUCCCACCACAAGGAGGCACUUGACAGCAUGCUGGUGGGUAUGGAGGUGGGAGGAGGAUUGCCAGGGGUGCGGGACCAAGAGGAGGAGGCACGGCGUGACAUGGCACGUACCCUGAAGGAGCUCAAGCAGAAGUACCCAGAGAAGGACAUGGAGCAGCUGAUCGAGAUGGCCAACUACCAGGUGCUGGUACAGCAGCAGAAGAGCCGUGCCUUCUAUCGUAUCCAGGCCACACGCAUGAUGAUUGGUGCCGGUAACAUCCUGAAGAAACAUGCGGCUGAUCAGGCCCGCAAGGUGGUGAGCUGUCACGAAGCCAAUGCCCAGGAAGAUGACCCCCACACCACACGGCUCGAGUUCGAGCCCUCACACUACCAGUGCUUUGAAAACUGUGGCUCCCUGAAGUUGGCUGUUGCCCGGCAUGGGGGCGACAGCAGCUGCACGGUCAAGGUGGACUAUCGGACCGAGGAUGGCACAGCCAAUGCUGGCUCAGACUAUGAGUUUGCCGAGGGCACUCUUGUCUUCAAGCCUGGCGAAACACUCAAGGAGCUGACGGUGGGCAUCAUAGAUGAUGACAUCUUUGAGGAGGAUGAAUACUUCUUCGUGCACCUUAGCAACCCUCGUGUAGUCAGCUGGGGAGAGCACAGUGCCCUGGAACCUGCCUCUCUGCCAUCUCCCAAGGCAGCGCUGGGAGAGGCCCACACUGCCACGGUCACCAUCUAUGACGACGACCACGCAGGGAUCUUCACGUUCGAGAGUGCAUCGACACGCGUGAGUGAGAGCGUGGGCACCAUGCAGGUGAAGGUACAGCGAACAUCAGGAGCACGCGGUGUGGUGGCAGUUCCAUACCGUACACUGGACGGCACAGCCAAGGGGGGCGAGGACUACGAGGAGGUGUCUGGGAAGCUGGAGUUCCUCAAUGACGAGACCAUGAAGGUGAUCGAGGUGAAGAUCAUUGAUGAUGAGGAGUAUGAGAAGAACAAGAUGUUCACCAUUGAGCUGGGAGAGCCCGUACUGCUGGAGAUUGGACAAAAGCAUGGGGACUCCAAUGAAAACAAGCCGGUGGUGGGAGCUGAGGAGGAGGAGGUGGCCAAGAUGGGCUGUCCCAGCCUGGGUGAGCACACGCGGCUGGAGGUGGUGAUCGAGGAGUCAUACGAGUUCAAGAGCACGGUGGACAAGCUGAUUAAGAAGACAAACCUGGCACUCGUGGUGGGCAGCAGCAGCUGGAGAGAGCAGUUUGUCAGUGCCGUCACAGUCAGCGCAGGUGACGACGAUGAGGAGGAGAGCGGCGAGGAACGCCUGCCCUCCUGCUUCGACUACAUCAUGCAUUUCCUCACAGUGUUCUGGAAGGUUCUGUUCGCCUUCGUGCCACCCACCGAGUACUGGAACGGCUGGGCCUGCUUCAUCGUGUCCAUCUCGCUGAUCGGAGUGUUGACGGCCAUCACCGGAGACCUGGCCUCCCACUUCGGCUGCACUGUCGGCCUCAAAGACACGGUCACGGCUGUGGUGUUUGUGGCCCUGGGCACCUCCGUACCAGACACAUUCGCCAGCAAGGUGGCGGCCAUACAGGACCAGUAUGCAGACGCCUCCAUCGGCAACGUCACAGGCAGCAACGCUGUCAACGUCUUCCUGGGCAUCGGCGUGGCUUGGACCAUCGCCGCCGUCUACUGGCGCACGAAGGGCAAGGAGUUCCGCGUGGCGCCGGGUUCUCUGGCCUUUUCCGUCACCGUGUUCACCAUUAUGGCCGUGAUGUGCGUGUCGGUGCUGCUGUACCGCAGGCGACCCGGUGUGUCCGGAGGAGAACUGGGAGGGCCCCGGGUGACCAAGCUGCUCACCACCCUGCUCUUCGUGGGCCUCUGGCUACUCUACAUCCUGCUGGCCUCGCUGGAGGCCUACUGUCACAUACCAAGCUUCUGAGAGCACCGCUCACCCCAGCCCUCCUCUCUGUCGGCAACAAACCGCUCACCCAAAAACUCUCCUGAACCUCCCUUACUCUUGUUACUAUGUUUUUUUUGUAUUUAUUUCUGUUGGUAUUUCAGAGAAUGAUUUUCUUUGUACUUCUUUGCCAUUUGAAAUAGAGGGCAGCUCUACUGCGGCGCAAGCUGAGUCUCGCAGGAGCUUCGCUGAGACCAGAGCAACGCCUUGGCUUGUGUGGUGCAAGGGUGUGCUUGCUAUCGACGCGUGUUUUUAUCGACAGCUGCCCCUGUCGUAAACUUCCACGAGUCUGCAUUGGACAGAUUUUCUUUCAGUCAAGGUGAAAUCUUUUUCUAGGUUAUACGGUCCCUCACCGCAGUACCUUCUGCAUCUUUUCAGCUAGAAGACAGCGAAACUUAGUUGCAAUACAAAGCAGAAGCAAAAUUCUUCCUUUUCUGCCCCAACAGUCUCAAUCCAGCCUCCUUUUCAAGUGUCAUGUGCUUGUCUUGUUGUGAAACUGUGAAGAAAAUAAUUAUUUGACGAAGAAAGGAACUGAGGGUUCUGAGAAACGGUGGAUAGUGGGAGGGGAGUGACAGCGAGUACCGAACACACUCAUAGCUGUCAGUGGACUGGAUCGGCGUCCUGGGGAAGUUAACUGGUUGACAUGACCGCAUCACGGGCACCAUAAUCGAGAGCAGUAGACCUUAGGGAGGGCCUUAUGCAGCACAAAGCUGUUCUAUCUGAAGGUGAUUGUUGUGAUUACUGUAUAUUUUGUCUGUAUUUACUGUGUAUUUACAUGACUCUUCUGUGUAUUAGAAAAACGAGCAGACGUUCGUUUAGGCGGAAAAGAACAGCUAAGGGAAACUCAAAACAACACAGUACGAGAUCCGUGACCCCGACCCCUUCCUUAAUGGCUUUUUUGUCACAGAGGAUGUGAUGCAAGGUGCAGUUUUCAUAUGUGGGACUUUUGCAUGGAACACAUCAAAAUA